UCUACUUACUUACCCCGAGUUGAGGCCUCUCCAGAACAGACUAUCGACUACAUAACGCCAGUCGUCGCUCCAGAAAUCAACGCAAUGAUCGAUGCUCUUCCCUUUGAAAUCACUGCUCAAAUUUUCGAACUCUGUGUGCUCGAUAACCCGAGCCCACUCAAACAUCCUGCCCAGCAACUCCGUCUCGCGGCUGUGUGUGUCAGCUGGAGAGACAUUUGCUUCGCACUUGGACAGCUUUGGGCCAGGCUUAACGUCUACAAAUGCCCAAAGUUUCUGGAGGGAGGAACCGACGAUGAUGAAGCGGAACUUUGCCAAAUGGCCAUUGCAUGGCUCUCCAGAGCGGGCAGUCAUCCAAUAAAGCUUGGAAUCCACGCAGAGGAACGCAGUACUACGCUCUCUUACGCUCUGCUCCCAAUAUUUUCGGGUCAAAUAUCGCAGCUCGAUAUACCUCUACAGCGUCUCUCCUCGGUUUUGCGCGGUGGAGCGCUACCUCAGCUAAAGAGCCUUUGUCUGCGCUGCCCCCCCAGUAUAAGGCUCGAUCAAGAUGACAAGGGACAUUACAUUCUAGCCCCAAAGUUGCAGCGCCUUCAACUGCUCGGGUACUUCGACACCGAUAUCUACAUUGCGUUUCCGUGGUCUCAAAUCACCGACCUCCUCAUUGACGGACCACCGUAUUCUUGGGUCCACUCGAAUUUCCGUUUGCUAGACCUGGAACAGCUCGAGACCUUCAGCAUCGUUUGUGAAUAUGACUAUCGGAGCCCUCGCUCCAUUAAAACACUCCCGAAAUUGCAGAAAUUCAGGGCUACGUUAGCACGGGACGCUGACAUACUGGAAUACUUGUCUCUGCCCGCGCUGAGAUCACUAGAAAUAAUUGGGCUGGCGGGCGCCAGUGAACUACCGACCAAUAUUGUCGAACUAGGACGGCGUUCUCAAUGGAGUCUGCGACACCUGCGCCUCGCUAACAUCCAGUGCAGUCGUAUUGCUUAUCUACUCGACUCCGAGGUGAUGGAGUUCAUUGAGGAGCUGGAGAUCAGUGUCACAUGGAGAGACCCGACCUUCUUCGAUGCACUCUUGUCUCGGUUGAGGGCUGGAGCGUUGCUUAACCUCCACUCUCUGAGCAUCAAAGCGUGUCCGAUAACGCACUCAAUGCACAUCACUGAGCUCGUGGAGGUUGUGCGUCUACGAUCUGAGAAGUUCGGUCUCCAAGCAUUUGCGCUGGAGCUUGUGAAGCGACAUGACUGGGAGUUGUGGAAGAAUGAGGUAAUGCUGGAGUUUAGAGAGUUGGUAGGCCGGGUGCCGAGUGUGAGGGUUCAUGUUCACGGUGUUGCAGUCUAG